AAUUCGGAACUUUGUAGAAGCUGAUAUUUGGAGAAUCCUUCAAGGUAAGCUUAUUAAUUUAAAAUGCUUAAUCUGAUUAUUCUAACCAUUCAUUAUUUCAGAAAAUCGUGUGAAUGAUGAUAAUUUAGUGCUGUUCGAUGACGAAGAUCUAAUUAAGAUGGGAAUAGCGGACAUGGGCUCUAGAAAAAUUAUUUUGGAAGCCAUCAAAGAAACUAAAAUUAAAAAAUCUGAAGAGCCAUCAACAUCAAAAACGGCAGAAAAAGAGAGUAUUCGAGAAUUGCUAUCGAAACAUUCCAAAAUGAAAUUUUUGAUCAACAACUAUCUAGACGUCGGAAAAUUACCCGAAAAAUCCAAAAUACACGAAUUGAUCCGCUUUUUAUGUGAGCCAUAUGAGAAAAGAAUCUAUGAUGGAAAAGGUUAUCCAUCUAUGACCGAACAGUGGAUCUUAGCCAAAGCAGUAGUAAAGGAAUUUCCUAUAUUGAAAACUCUUAGAACAUUGGAUUCGCAACCAGAUGAGUUUCCAUUGUUUGCUUGGAGAGGCGGUCAAGAAACUGGGGACCACUCUGGGUUAAUAUACUCCAGAGUUAGGAAUAUAAUUAAGAAGCUUCCUACUGAAUUGAAAAAAUAUUCUCGCCGAAAAAUUAUUGACCCGGAAUCAAUGGUGACUGAAUCCAUGAUUCAAAUUGCAGACGAUUUGGUAGAAGUUUUCCCAAAUUCGAGCAACAAAUUGUUCAUCAAUAUGGGAAUGAAGAAGUGCGAAUUCUUGCACGCCUCGAUGCUUAAAUACAACAGAACCCCGGAAGAAAUAUUAGAAAAAUUUCCUCAUUUCAAAUCAUACGAUGGUGAAAUGAUAACACUCAUGUAUUACAUGAUGAAACCAACAGCAUGUCGGACCAUAAAUUUCUUAGAGAUUUGUUUAAAAGGAACGAUGCUCAACAACAUGACUUUUAGAGAAGUAGAAGAUGUGAAUCUACGUGGAUUUUUGAGACUAUAUAAACGACUGCGUGGACCAGCCAAAAAAAACACUGAAGGGGAAUACAGCAACGUGGAAGAGCUCAGCGUGGCUGAGAUGAUAAAAUGGAAAACGGACGUUGAGGAAUAUUUGCUUUCGAGUUCAACUCAGGACCCGCAAAUCAUUUGUAAUGCUCCUGUUUUCAAAGCAGGCGAUUACUACCUGAUUAUCGGAAAACAGGUGGUAGUUAAGACGGCGUCUUUUGUGAAAAUCAUAGAUCUGUUCUUUAAAAGUCUCCUUGUAUUCGGAGCUUUAGAAAGAUCUAAUUUAAAAAUGAUUAAUGAUGUUGUCAGUAUAUCAAUUUAUAAAACAUUAAAAACUAGCCGUAGAAAAUGCGUUAAUGAAGUUUGCUCGAUGCUAAAGGAAGCCGAAAAUGUAGAAGACGAAGAUGAAAGUACCUGA